AUGGUGUUUGUCGGGAACCUUCCUCCUGAUGCUGAGGGAAGGGACCUCCAAGACUUCUUCCGCAAGUAUGGGCAGAUCAACGACGCCUGGGUUGCUCGCAAACCCCCUGGCUUUGGAUUCGUCUGGUUUGACGACGACCGAGAUGCGAGGGAUGCCUGUCAGGACCUGGACGGAACCGAUCUGAUGGGAAAUCGAGUCAGGGUGGAGAUCAGCACGGGUCGACGCCGCGAUGACAGGGGAUACGGUCUCCUUCUCCUCGUAGAGACAGGUCUCGCGAUCGCGAUCGCUCCCCCCGGCGAUCCCCUGUUCGUGAGAAGCGUGAGAGGAGCAGGAGUCCGGCGGAUGAAGGCAGGAAGUAAGUGGUCGCAUGUCAACGGAUGA